AACCCGCUCCAUGCUGGGGGAGGGGUUGGGGGGGGGUCGGAAGAGGAGGAGGACGACGACGAGGACGACGACGAGGAAGUGGAGGAAGAGGAAGUGGAGGCCGAGGAGGAGGACAAGGAGGAUUCGGGGGAGGAGGAGGAGGAGGAGGAGGAGGAGGAGGAGGAGGAGGAGGAGGAGGAGGAGGAGGAGGAGGAGGAGGAGGAGGAGGAGGAGGAGGAGGAGGAGGAGGAGGAGGAGGAGGAGGAGGAGGAGGAGGAUGAGUAGGGGGAGGAGGAGGGGUAGGAGGAGGGGUAGGUGGAUGAGGAGGAGGAUGGGUAGGAGGUAGUGUAGGGGGGAAAUAAGUAGUA